UUUACUGCUGUCGGGGUCAGAUGACUAUGAUGUCAUUCUUUGGGAUGUGUACAGUCAAAAACGCAUAAAGACAUUACCAACUGGUCAUAGAGGCAACAUAUUUUCUGUAAAGUUCCUACCUCAGACUGGAGACAGAGUAGUCAUAUCAGGUGCGGGAGAUGGCCGUAUAGAAGUAAGGGAAGUGGAGACAGGAGAUGUUACGCAACUUUGUACCUGCCACUGUGAAAGAGUCAAGAGGAUUGCUACUGUACCUACACUUCCAAAUGCAUUUUUCUCAGCUUCUGAAGAUGGCACUGUUAUGUUAUAUGACAUGCGGUCGCCACAUACUUGUGGUUCUUCUCAAACAAACAAUGUUCUAAUCAACUUGAGGCGCCAUGCAGGAAGAACAGCUGAAUGCAAGUGCAUUACUGUUAAUCCUUCCCGACCAGAGCUGCUUGCUGUAGGGGCCAGUGACCCAUAUGUUAGAAUAUAUGAUAGAAGAAUGAUUAAACUAACCAAUUUACAGAACCCUCCAGGUGGAAUGUCAAGGAGUCAGUGGGAGAGAAGUAACUAUGCGACCAGUCAGCUUGACUCUUCUGCAGACAAUCUUCCCCCCGGCUGUGUACAAUAUCUAGUUCCAGGUCACCUUCCUGAUAAGCUGAAGGAAUACUAUAGACGUUACCGGUCGUUGGCAACUACCUACUUGACAUAUAGUAGUGAUGGCACUCAUCUGUUAGCUAAUUUAGGUGGUGAACACAUAUACCUCUUCAACACAGCAAGUCCUCGUCAACCUAGGCAAUAUUCAAUAUCAAAUGUUGUAAAACAUUCUAAAGAAUCUGAUGGCCCAUCAAAUGGAGUAUGCAAGUCAAUUGCUUCUAAUACAAAUGGUAUAUCCUGUCAUCUUACUGGAGGAGGGGAACGAAUAGGGUAUCAUGCACAAGCCCAGCCUUUACCUCCACAAGCAGAAAUACUUAAAGCUAGAGCUAAUCAGGCCUUUGCUGCAGAGAAAUACAUCACUGCAUUGCACCUGUACAACCAAGCUGCACAGAUAUGCCCAAACUCUGCUGUCCUGUAUAGUAAUAGAGCUGCUGCUUUGAUGAAGCGAAAGUGGGAAGGUGAUAUAUAUGCUGCACUGAAAGACUGUUUCACGGCAUUAGAGAUUGAUCCUCACCACGUAAAGGCGCACUUUAGAUUGGCGCGAUGUUUGCAUCAACUUGGCCGUGAGCAAGAAGCACAACUUUGCCUGGAGGAGUUUAGAAGACAACAUCCAGAUCACAGUUCAUCACCUGCCUGCUCUGCACUAGCUCAUGAUAUUACCAGCUCCAUUUUACAAUUGCAGAAUGGAAUUUCUUCAGAUAAUAGCAGUGAGGGAGAUAUGGAUGAAGAAGGACUCCUGGGUGUAUUGCCAACGCCUAGUACACAGGAACAGGAAUGGCGGGUAAGAGCCACAGACUAUCAUAAGUCGUACUGUGGCCACUGCAACACCACCACCGAUAUUAAAGAAGCCGCUUUUCUUGGAAAGGAUGGCGAAUUCAUAGCAGCAGGGUCAGAUGAUGGAAAUUUGUUUAUUUGGGAUCGUGAAACCACAAACCUCAUUCGUGUUAUUCCGGGAGAUGAAUCCAUUGUUAACUGUGUCCAGCCCCAUCCACACACCUGUUUAUUAGCCACAAGUGGAAUUGAGUCGGUUGUGAAACUUUGGGCCCCUCUUCCACAGCUGGAUAAUGAAGAUCUUCAAAGUAUGGACUUUGAGAAAAUGGAAAAAACAGCCCAAGCCAACCAGCAACGCAUGAGUGCUGAUCCAUUGGAGAUGAUGCUGAUGCACAUGGGCAACAUGGCCCAUGUGUUUGGAGGAGGCGGUGGGGGUGAGGGGAGAGGUGGAGGAGGAGGAGGGCCAGGCGGCGAUAAUCCCUCGCGGGACCCUUCUCCUGGCGGCCAGAAUGAUCGCAACUUGGCAGACGUCCAAUGUCGUACUAGCUGAGCCCAGCCAGUGAAGUGUUCACACUUGCCUGGCAACCUUAUUGAAAUGAGACUGUGAUGGAUGCUCCUUGUCGUUGGUCUGAAUUCUGAAAAAACCCUGAAUGGAAAUUCUUAGGAUUGUGGUCCCUGCUUUGUCAGUCAUUUUACUUUGUUAUACAGGUGUAGUACCAAAGAAGUCUUUCUCAAAUAGGUAUUUCAGAUUCUAGGCCUUUGUUGCAGGAGUCUCUUUAGCUUAGAACUAAUCAAGUGACUUGUGUGGUGGAGGAUAUGAGUAUCACAUGUACUUCAACUACAACUAAGAUCUUUCAUCUUAUUGAUAGACUAGAAAUCAGAUUCUCUUGUUUUAUGCAGUCAGAGAUUUGAAAAACUUCUCUUUUGAUUGUAAGUGGAUUGUUCAAGAACUUUCAGUUAUUUUUUAUUAUUAUUAUUUUUUUUAUGAUUUCUGGAUUAUAUAAAGUUGUAUGUUUGGCAGUUCAGCCUUCAGUUAAACAGAAUGUAGACAAUAGGUUCAUUCAUUCUCAAAACCAGUAAAAGCAGUCUUUACUGGAACUUAUAGUGUCAAAUUAGUAUCUGUGUAUUCUGCAGUGUAAGUAUAAAUGGUUAUUUUGUUAUUUAUUAAGUUACAAGUAGUUUAAAUUGAAAAUGCAAUACAAGUUAAACUACGUUUUCAAAUCUUGUGAGCUCAUUCAACCUCUUCCCCUGCCAGGCUUAUAAACAGCUUACAUUUGAGGCUGUUUGAUAUGCUAAAUAUUUAUACUGGUGCUCUGAUGUGCAGUUUAAUUCAUGUACAUAAUCAUUUGUGUGAAAGUUAUAUUUUGUAAAACAACUUUGAUAUAUCUAUAUAUAUAUAAAUAUAUAAAUAUAUAAAAUCUUCGAACAGGGUACAUCAGCAGUUACUAUCAAAUGAGUCAGUACAUGCUAAUGUACUUGUAUAUACAUGUAUAUGUUUAAUGACUGAUUAUGUUCCAAAGAAUUUGGGCAAAACAUUGUAUUAGGCAACAUUAUAUAAUACUUUUGUUCUGCCUUAUUAUUAUGAUUUUCUUUGCUUAAGCCAUACAUUUUAUAUUUGCAUCCUGCAUUUUCUAUACAGAUAUUCCACUUUUUGUUGUUGAUUAUAAGAUUCAUCCAGAAAAGAUAAUGCUUUUGAAAGCGAUAAAAAAAUAUUCCAUUUCUAGGCAUUGUAAAUAUUGUGUGCUUUAUCUGUUGUUUCUUCUGUAUGUAGCUGAAAUGAACUUGUCUGAGUAUGACAUGGUUUCUCUCAUUCUUUAUUUUCUACCUAUAUUUGAUAUGUUUAUUUUUGUUAUGUGAAAUGCUGUAAAUAAUUUUGAAGUUAUGUCCUACUGUAUAUGAGAUAUAGUGGCUUAUCCUCUUCACAUUUUGCCCAAUUUACUCUAAGAAGGCAUGUUCAUUAGGGGACAUUCUAUGAAAAUGUUUGUAUUCUCAGAAAAAGAAAGAGAAACUUGUGUAUUUAGUAAGUAAAUAUAUGAAACCUUCAGUCUUUCUGGAAAGAUUCCCUUAGUGGUCAAAAAAUAUACUUAUUUGUCACUAUUAAUGUGAUUCCUUGGUAUGUUUCUGUGUUUGCUUACAGUACAUGCAUAGCUGUUUUUUACUUUUCCUGUGUUUACCUUAUUACAAGAUUUGUUUCUAUUAAUAUAUUUUCACUUGCUCUCUGCUGUGGUAAUGUGGUCUUGUUAACUUACUCCUUUUAUAGAAGUACCCAGUUGAUAACAGAACUGAGAAAAAGAGAAAAAAAUGUGCAGUCAUAGCAUUCAUUAACACUAGUUAUACCCACUAAAUGGUCUCAUGCUGCCUACCUUCCUCAUAUGCUCUUGUAUAAUCAGUGAACUUUUGAUUAAAAAACUUUGUGUAUCAUGGAGGAAAGUGAUAAAGUUUUAGCUGAUAACUGCCUUUAACCCUUAUUUUGCGGGUGGCAUCUACUUUGAUGCCAUGAUGGCGUAGCACCGAUGCACUGGUGGCAUCCCUACUGCUGCAGCCCAUACGGAUGUAACUGUUUGGCGGUCAGCAUGUCCCCCAAAAAAGCCCACACACAUUGGGUUAAACAGUUAUGUUCAACAUUUUUCUUUUGAUUUUUCAGAUGUAACUUUGGAGGGGUUAUGACACCCCUUUCAGGCACACUCCCACCUUUGAUUUUAAGUGAAGUGGGGUACAGAUAAUGACAGUUUUCUCAAUGUAUAAGAUAUAUUUAUUCUUGAUAUUUACAUUCAAGGACCCAUGAUAAUGUUAAGAGAAUACAUACUACUAUGAAGUUGUCAUUAUAAGAGCAUGUAUUUAUUCUCAUGUGUCAGCAUGAUAGACUAGGCCCAUACAUAAAGUAUUGUUCAUGGAAUACUCUCCAUAAUGAAAAUGUGAUGUAUAAUUGGUACUAAAUGCCUAAUGUAUACAUGUAAUAUUUCAUGAUAGUCUAAAAAAAAACCAGGACUGUGAAUAUUAAUUAGACUCAAGCCAUAACUUUAUUCAGAAUUGAUAUUGCUAUUAUCAUUAUUAUUCCUCCAUUUUAGAAUCCAAAGGUAUUAUGUAUUAAACAUUAAAAUGCUAAAAAAUUGGCAUGUUUGGGUUUUAAGUUUCCUCUUUUUUUAUGUGUUAGAAUUUCAAUAUCCCUUUCAGUAAAGGUCAUGGGGCUGCUUCUGAGUGUGCAUGGGCUCUUAAGAAAAUGUUUCAUCAUGUUAUUAUUGAUUCAUAACUAUUUUACUGUAAAUGUAUGUGCCCGGUGAUAUUUCAUUACUUCCUCUGUUUCCUUAUGGGAAAUCUUUCUAUGGCUGCAUUUUUACAAGUGGAUAUUUUAAUUUGUUAUCCUUACACAAAGUAGCAUGGUGACAUCAGUAUGAAAAUAUUGGAGGUUGGUAGUAUCAGAGACUAGUGGGUAUACUAGCAUAAUGUAUUUUAUGGAUAAAGUAACAAAAAGAAUAUACAAAUGUCUUUCUGCAACAUUAACAAAUACAUAAGGCAGGUGCAUUUUAGUUGAAGUAACUUCUUUGAAUUUUGUUCAUGAAUUGUGAGUAAGUUUAUUCAAGCUAUGAUAUUAAACUUAGAUUGGCGCAAAACUUAUUUUAUACAUUUUUAAAAAUGUCUUUUGUUUAUGAAUUAGCAAAAUUUAUAUAGUACCCUACUACAUACUCUUCAACACAUAGAUAUCUGUAUUCAGAUCUUUCUUCUGUUAGUCUAACUUAGUUAUGAUAAUCCCAACUCAAUUUAUGUGUAUUACCUGUAAUAAGGCCAACUUUCAUAAUACAUACUAGUCAUAGCUGAAGUGACAUUAGAGUUCAGUAGCAAUAGUAAAAUGGCACAAAUGUUGUGAUAAUGAUAGCACUUGCACUAAUGAUACUAAUAAUAUUUCCAGAACCCCUCAGAGAAAAUGCAUAUAAUGAGUUUGACUGAAUAUUCACACAAAAGUAUUUAUAUCUUCUUUUUCCCAUAUAUGGAUUACAGUAGACAGGUCAAACUAAAUCAAUGGAAUGGCAGUUAGUUGGAUUUGUAACAUAAAUAUUAAUAUUUUAGGAUCUGGAGAUGUACUAAAAUAUAUCUUGCCUCCAUUCUAUUACACAUUAUUGUUUACUCUCUUUUAAACUUCAGUGCAGAUAAAAUCAGUUGCCCUCAUCAAGUUGAUGGUUCAACCCUUCAUUUUCUGUUUGGUUGUGUGGUAUGCCUUGUUAACCUAAAUCCAUUGGGCAUGGCAUGUGCAUACAUGCCAUGCCCGCUGUGAGUUUUUACACAUAGAUGGCUACACUUGUACUAAGUCACCAAUGUGCCAGUUAUGAGUACUACUUGUCUCACCUGUUUACCCUUUUCCUUGAUUUGCAAAAAUAUUUUAUAUUAUCUUAUAUUGCUGUUAUAAAUGUCUCUAACAUUUUAGUAAUUAUAAUGUCUAUGAUAAAAUAACCCAAUCGAUAUUCAUUGUAUUAGUAUAAAAAAAUGUUUUUCCCACCAAUUCAAGGAAAGGUGAAAUCAGGUAAAGUAACAAGGUCUACUAAUUAACUCCUUUGUGGCUAAGUAAUAGCAGAGCCAUCUAUGUGCAGAGAUAUUAAAAAAGAAAAAUGAGCACAGCAUUUUCCUGGCAGUUUUGAAUUAAUAUGAAAGAGGCAGUGCUCUAUACACAGGGUUGCAUUAACCUAUUCGCCCCACGUGGCAAGGAUAGAUGCCAUGCCCACUUUGAUACACAUUUAUUUAUUGUAUUUACACAUAGAUGGCUCCACAAGUUCUUAAUCACCAAAUAACCAGUUUAUCGGAACAACCUUUCUCACCUGUUUACCCUUUUCCUUCACUUUAGAAAAGGGUCUUUUGUAUCAUUUCAUUGUCUAAAAUAUUCUAAUGACAAUUUAAUAAUCAUAACAUCAAUAACAAUAAUAACAGUAUCGAUAGCAAUGGUAUUAAUUUUCCCGCCAAUUCAAUGAAUGGGAAAAUCAGGAUCGGUAACUAGGGCCUACUGAUAGACUCCUUGCCGGCUGAGCACAUAUGGAGCCAUCUGUAGGUAACAAAAUUCACCAAAAACUACAGGGGACAGAACAUAAAUCCGGGGCGAAUGGGUUUAUGACCUCAGAGAAGGUUAACUUCUUAUAUACUGGACAUAAUAUUCUUCCUUUUAAAUGAUGAUUUUUCCUAUGCUAACUCUGCUUCCCUAUCUUUCUCAGUCAGUAUUUUUUCUUCUGUGAUAUUUCGAUAUCUGUAAAGCUGACCAGUCUACUUGAAACAUCUUGUUUAUUAUUUUCAGAAUAAAAGAAUUAAAGGAAUGAUAAUGUAGAAAGUGCAUGGUCACAUCGCUUAAAUCUAAUCUUGCAUAAAAAGAACUGAAUGAAGAUAUUAUUUAUACAAGAAUUCCUAGGUCCAGGUAAGAAACUGCAAAGAAAGUGACAGAAAGUGCAAAUGAACAAGUCUUCACAUGCAUGAAUUAAAAUUGCAUGUUUUUAAGAAAAGCCUUACAUCCAUGGAAUUGAGUACUGGUAUAGAUAAAGGAAAGUAAUUACUUAUAUAAAAAUUUCUGUAGAAUGUCCUCUGUGAAGAAAGUGUUUAAAAAAAUCUACAUUCAUAUGUAACAAGCAUGCUUUGUUUCUUGUGUUGUCUUUGUAGUGCAGGAAUUUUGCCAAAGUUUAACAUAGAACAUAAAGUAAAUGGGAAAUCAAAUGCCCAAUGUUUGCAGUGGUUAUAAUUCCACUGUUUAUUUUUUUUGCCUUUUUUUGGCUAUGUUUGAAAUUCACCUGUAAAAUAUUGAGCAUACUGGCUUCUCUUUUGUUGAUGAUAGUUUUCAUUUACAAUUUUGAAUGUCACACCCUCUUCACUUCAUAUGGAAAGAAGAGGCAAAGAGAACAGAAGAGGGAAGAAAUGGAAGGUGGAAGUGAUAUGAUUAAGGAAGAGGGAAUCUGGUAAUGAAUUUUGUUAGUACUUUUGAUAUGAAGUUAUUUCUCUCUCACUUAUUUUCUAUGAAACUCAGCUGCUAUAAUAACUAUUUGCGGGAUUGAGUAUCAUCAUCAGAAAAAGAAAUUGGAUGAAGUUAAUGUGUUACUUCAACACAUCAUAUGAUUUUCUUUGCAGAGCUGUGCAGUGUUUCUGUUUAACCUUCCAGUCCUCAUUUUGAGGUGAAAAUACUACUGUAGGAAGUUCUGUAGACAAACACUGUGUUGCUUAUUGCAAAGCUUUUUAUUAAGUUGUAAAUUACAUACAUAAAUAAAAGAUAUACUCUAAAUA